AUGCCCGUGUUCACGACCCCCUCCUCCCUCCGCUUCCGCCGCGCCGCGCGCCCGACCAUCCUCACAACCCCCGUGCCCACCUCCUCAGAGCCCACGCCCGCUCCUGAAGCUCCCACCACACCUCUGUCACUCUCGCAGACCGCCGCCCUCCCCGCACCCGCCGAACCCGACUCUGUGCCCGCCGACGGUGUCACGCCAGAGAACGCGAGCGUCGCGCUCAAGGCCCAGCGCGCGUUCGAGCGCGAGCGGCACCGCACGCACCAGCGCAAGGCCCGCGCCCGCCACGAGCUCGAGCGUUCGGAGGGGCACGUCGCUCCCUGCGAACACUGCCGCGAGGUAUCUGGGGGCAAGGACGCGGCGCGCGCACGCAAGCACGCACACACGCACGCGGCCCAGGACGCGGCGUGCCGGAGCCCCGUUGAGGACAUCGUCGCGGACGUCGUCGAGCGCGAGGCGCAGGCGCGCAGCGGGCGGGUGGCGCCAGCGGCGGAACAGCUCCGGCUGGGGGCGUUCCCGGUGAAGCCUGCAAAGGCGCGGAAGACGAAGGCGGGCGAAUUCGAGCUCGUCCCCGGCAUGCCGGUCGUCAUCGCUCUCGACGACCACCUCGCGGCCGACGCCGAGCUCGACGAGCCGUGGGAGCACAUCUCCGCCGACGAGCUCGACGAGAAGCGCGUCCUCCCGCCGUCGUACGCCACCGUCGUCGCCAACGCGGCCUGA